AAGAAACAACUCUGGGACAACUCAUGAUAGGAUUAAAACUUUUGGCCCAGGUAGAGACUCGUCUCCCACAUGGGUGCUAAAGCUUUCCUGUAUCUCUUCCUCCUCCGUCACCUGCUGUCACGUCUUUCAUAAGCUCUUUGCUGUGGUAAACCCCAGCUCUUCACAGGCGGGAUGGCAGUGUGUGUUAAGGCUGUGAUUUGUGGUGGAGUGGAGACCAAAAUGCACAAGCUGCUGCUGGCUGGCUGUGUGAACUCUCCCCGGAUAGCGUUUGCUGGCAGGUUUCAUCCAAAGCGCCACUUCAGUUUUCUCUAUCCCUUUCCCUCGAGACUUGACGGCACUGAAACCCUCUUCUUUUGUGGCGCACCAGCUGUGCCACUCGGACCUGGUAAAGUAGGGUCGUUCAGCAGGAGCUACAGCGAUGAGAGCUCAAAGCCAGGCCUCAGCCAAAGCCCACACUCAGGCAGGUGUCCUCACAGAGGGCUCACAAAGGCCAACCUGCUGCCAGGGGGGCCAGCCUGGCCUGUGUCCUUUGUCCGCAGAAGAGUGACAGACGCGCCUGUUUCCAGUGUUUCUCCGACGUUUGUAGUGAUGAAGUUUGAUCAAGAAGGAAAUGUGACGUCAUUUGAGAAGAAGAAGACAGAACUGUGUCAGGAGCUCGGUCUCCAGGCCAGAGACCUCCGCUUCCAGCACAGCACCAGCCUCGCCACCAGAAACAACUGCAUCAUCAUACGCAUGGCGUCUUUGAAAGCCAUCCUGACCCCUGAGUCCCUUUUGGUGUUGGAUUUCCGUGGUCUGGGACUGGAACGCUGGUUGGUGCUGGAGCUGGCGCCUCAGCUAGCAUCACAGACGCACUCACUGCCCUUUGAGUUCAGAGCUCUGGAGGCCGUCCUGCAGCACAAGGUAAACACUUUACAAAGCCGGUUGAAUGAUGUUGAGCCAGUAAUAUUGGACAUCCUGGAGUCCCUCGUGGAUCCUAAAAUCCUUUCUGCUGAUAGAAGUAAACUACAUGUUCUGCUGCAGAACAGCAAAAGUUUAUCAGAGCUGGAAACGGACAUCAAAGUGUUUAAGGACUCCUUGCUGAAAAUCCUGGAUGAGGAUGAGAUCAUUGAAGAAUUCUGUCUCACAAAGUGGACAGACCCGAGAGUUUUUGAGGAAAGCAGUUUGGGCAUUGACCAUGCUGAGGAGAUGGAGCUUUUACUAGAGAAUUACUACAUGCAGGCUGAGGAAUUAGGGAACAAGACCAGAGAACUGAAAGGACUGAUAGACGACUCAGAGAGUGUCAUCUUUAUCAAUCUGGACAGCCAUCGUAAUGUGAUGAUGCGUCUAAAUCUGCAGCUUACCAUGGGUUCCUUCUCCCUUACACUGUUCGGUCUGAUAGGAGUGGCCUUCGGAAUGAAUUUGACGACAGCAUUUGAAGAUGACCCUCGCGCAUUCUGGCUGGUAACAGGCUUCAUGUUUUUGGGCAGUGGACUGAUAUGGAGAAGACUGUUGUCAUUUUUGGGACGACAUCUUGAGCCUUCAGUUCCCCCACUGAUUCCUCCGGUUUGGAAGAGAAACGUUAAACCAUCAGACAUCAAACCUGGAGUCAGAUGAAUACUGACCUCAACUCGAUAAGAUGCCACAGCUUUAGAGGUGAUGAUAUCAUCACCUCAGCCCUAUUGAACUUGUUUAAGAAUCCCAGAAAAGCUCUUUGUGUCACAUGGCAAAGUUUAAAACUGCAUUCACAGUUCUGGAGACUUCUGUAUUAAGUUUCUGCCCGUCCCCCCAUCUCCCUGUUUUUGCAAACGUUUUGGGUUAUGUAGAUCUUUGUUGGGAUAUUUUAAUAUUUCCAUCCAUGAGGGCAAACGAGUGUUACAAAGUGUUGCAAAGUCAUGGCUGGUUUCAGAACUGUGUGGAUGAGUAGCAGUGCCUCAGCUAUGACAAAUGAUCAUUUUAUUCUGCAGUUGGAGUGUAAAAAAUCAAAAAAGUGUAACUGUUUCAAGUGUAUACAUUUUUUGUUUAAAUUAUAAUGAAAAAUGUAAUGUUCUUCUUAUGUGAAAUAUGUCCUAGAUAUUCAGUACAUAUGUAAGAAAAAUCUUUUUAAAAACAGAUUUAAUACAUACUGCUCCUGAAAUAAUUUAUCAGAUGGUUGUCUGGUAUGUGCUGUUGUCUUCUUGCCAGUAAUAGCAGCAAAGCUAUGGAAACAGUUCAAGUAUAUUUCCAUUAAAUACUCUCCGUACAUGAGAACAUUUUAAAAUGUUAAAUAGCUUCAGUAAAAAGAAUGAUCAUCUACUGAUAAAGGGGUCUUGGGUUAGCUAACGUUUUUUUAACAUUAUUAUGUAUUAAAUAUUUUGUUAAGCUCUGUACCCCCCAUUAAGAUAGUGAAAAAUAAA